AUGCCUGCCAUCGCUCGCAAGCUCCUCAUCUGCGCAGCGAUUGAUGGGCUUGUAAUACAGCCUCUUUCCUCCAAGGGCCAACGACCUUUCCAACCCGUACGAGUUAAAUACGGCGACGCGUCAAUCUCUCAUGUCCCACGCGAACAUGUGCCAGACGAUUCGAAGCCAGAUUCGUCGUUCGAAGCUUUCGGAGUGAUUGGACUUAUCACUGUAUCAAAAUUAAGCUACUUGAUUACUAUCACCCGGCGCCAGCAGGUCGCACAGAUUUGCGGUCAUCCCAUCUACGUCGUUACUGAAGUCGCCGUCACUCCUUGUACGUCCAAGGGGGGCGCUGAAGAAGCCAUAAAGAGAACCUCGGAUCACUUAUCACGCCAAUCAAGGGACUCGGGGAACGAGAGUGAUAGCAGCGAAGAAGACGUCGAAUUUCCUUCCAGAACAUCAGAUGAAGUGGACGAUGCCGUUAUUGAGGACGGCGAUGCGAGGCCAGGUUCGGCCAGGAGUCGCGUUGCUGAAGAUGUAAUUCGCAGAAGGGGAAGCUAUGGCCGAUUUGCGCAGCGCUGGUUCAGCCGAAGUGGCUGGACUUUGGACCAAAAGAGGAACAUGGGCUUGAGCAAUGCUCCAAAGGUUCCAGAAACUGGUUCUGUCGCAACUGAGACCUCGGCCCAGACUCAAGAGGGUUUUGAACAAGUCACGCCCAGUGAACCUGAACUUUUGCCAAAAUUGCUGCGAACUGCUCAAGUUCUCUUCGGCUCAUCCCGAAGUUUUUACUUUUCUUAUGAUUUUGAUCUCACUCGUUCUCUAGACGAGAGAUCUGUGCCUCCAAACACUGAGACUCCCUUACACAACCAGGUCGACGAGGUGUUCUUUUGGAAUCGUCAUCUCCUACAGCCAUUUACAUCAAGUGGGCAAGAUUGCCUAGCAUUACCAUUGAUGCAAGGUUUCGUGGGACAGAAGACCUUUGUCGUGGAUAAUCAACCUCCUCAAAAUGAUGACAAGGGCAAAGAUUCGGUUGAACUUUCCGAUCUUUCGCCUUCAAAAGAGCACUCGGACUUCCCAGGACUUGGAAGCUCUAGGGCUUCUAUUGAUCUUCGCCCUUCGGAGAAGAAGUAUCUCAUAACAGUGAUUUCGCGCCGGUCCACGAGAAGGGCUGGUCUGCGAUACCUGCGCCGAGGCAUUGACCAGGACGGUUUCGUUGCGAACAUGGUAGAGACUGAACAGCUUCUUUCCACGCCUACUUGGGAUCCCUCUUCAAACAUAUACUCGUUCUUACAAGUAAGGGGCAGUAUUCCUCUUUUCUUUACACAGUCACCGUAUGCUUUCAAGCCCACCCCCAUACAACAGCACUCAAAGGAGGCCAACCAAACUGCAUGCCGUAAGCAUUUCGAGAGCCUGUCUAGGAAUUACGGAAAACUUCAAAUAAUCAACUUGGUGGAAAAGCAUGGAGUCGAAUCGAUUAUUGGUUCUGCAUACGAGAAAGCGAUGGAAGAAGUCAACAAGGGGACAGCUCAAGACCACGAGAUACCAUUCGAGUGGUUUGACUUUCAUGCGGCCUGCAAGGGCAUGAAGUUCGAGAACGUCAGCAUGCUUUUGGAUCAGCUUCGAGAUAAAAUUGAGAGCUUUGGCAGUACCAAGCAAAAUGAUGGCAAGCAACUAGCCCGACAGCAAGGCGUCUUCAGAACCAACUGCAUGGACUGCCUUGAUCGCACCAACGUCUGCCAGAGCUCGUUCGCAAAGCAUAUGCUUGAAGUCCAGCUCAAGGAAGAAGGGUUUGAUAUGAGUACACAGACUGACCAGGUCACGGCUUGGUUCAACACCCUCUGGGCAGACAAUGGCGAUGCAGUUUCAAAACAGUAUGCGUCAACAGCGGCGAUGAAGGGUGAUUAUACAAGAACACGGAAGAGGGAUUAUCGCGGGGCUCUGAAUGAUCUGGGUCUCGGUCUUGCAAGAUACUACAGCGGCAUGGUCAACGACUAUUUUAGCCAGGCAGCCAUUGAUUUCCUUCUUGGAAACGUAACGGAAAGGAUCUUUGAAGAGUUUGAAAGCGAUAUGAUGACAAAGGAUCCAGCCGUUUCUAUCACCAAAAUGAGAGAACUGGCUGUCGAGCUGUGUCAGAAACGAGUAAUAGCCGAUGAGAAGGAAGAGUUCCACGGCGGAUGGGUGCUCCUCAGCCCAACCACGCCCGACACCAUUAGGUCUUGGCCGCUGGAAGAAGUUGUUCUCCUGCUAACAGACGCGGCUCUAUAUUCGUGUCGUUUUGACUGGAAGUCCGACAAGGUAUCGUCGUUCGAGCGUGUUGAACUCGACAGCGUCACGGGUAUCAAGUACGGUACUUAUAUCACCUCCACGAUCUCCCUUUCCCACGUCGACGAAAUUAAGAACGCCGGCUUUGUGGUGACAUAUAGUCCCAGCAAGAGUGAUAUUCGACGUACCAAUACACGGACCCUUUCGAGUCACGGUGCAGUGCCAGGGAAGGAAAACCCAGCAGAGCAAAAGGAUGCUAGCUUACCAGCCAGCUUAGCCAACCUGCUUACAAGCAAGACGUCUUCAGCCUCGCCUCCAAGCGUUCGCCGUCUUGUCUUCAAGGCGACCAACGUGGAUUCAUCCGUCGCUGUCUUGGGCGAUGAUGGACCGAAGCAAACAGAAACCCAGCAGGUAUCCACAAUAUGUGGUGAUAUUGACCGAUUGGCACUGGAAAGACAACCAAGGCAGCCAGAAGAAGAGCGAAAGACUCUCGUAGAGACAGGAUCCAUCAUUUCUCUUGAGGAGGCGAAGAAAAACACCAGUCUGUUGGAGCAACUGGGACACUCGCUCAAGAAGAUGGUAUGGGCAUGA